AAGAUCCUACCUCUGGCUAAUAGUGUGCGACUUCCUUUAUUAGAACAAAAGUUACAGCCUCAAAUGUUAAACUUGAGUGAAUUCCCUGUAUAAAUGAGUUAUAUAAACUCUCCCCUGUCUUUCUCCAACAGCUUAUGCAUUGUCACUUGGCACUUCAAAACCCUCAAAAGUGAGCUACCAAAGAAACAGAAGAGAAACAAAAAUGGCCAAACCUCUCAAGCUAAAGUUCUCCCGAGUGAUCACAUCCUUCAAUUCUUGCCGCUCUAAGGACUCAUCAGCUCUUCCAUCAAAUCCCGUCCAUUCGUUUCUCAGACAUUCUCCGGUCAAACUCCAUCUGCCACCUCUACCGCCAUCAUCUAAACCCUGUCACUCUUCUCUCAAGCGCCAUAUCUCCUCGGCUUUCGCUUCAAUCAGCUGCCGCUUCAGAUCAAGAUCACCACCAUCUCCACCGCCUCCACCUCCGCCCGAGUUCCACUGGGAACAAGAAGAGAAAUGGCAUGUCGUUGCAAAAAUCUUCGAUGAAAAUACUCCUCGUAGAAAAAUUUAUACUUCUUUGGUUUGCAGUGAUCACUUCCCUAACAACAACAACAGCCAUAAUAGCAGUAAAAUUUUGCUUCCUCCUCCUCCUCCAAACACAGAGAGGAAAAGACGAAGGAUAAGAAAGAAGAAGAAAGUGACACCAAGAGUAAUCCGUAUCAGCACUUCCUCAGCUGAUAGUGAAAUAUUUAGCAGUGAAGGUAUUAACAAUGAAUGUAAAGAAGAGGAUAUUGACAAUGAGGAAACUGAAACGUUAGUGUCGUCAACAAAAACCUUCUCUACUGACUAUGAUUCAUCGCCAGAGUUCAGUCCCCAUCUGGAAAUCAUAAGUGAGUCUCCCUUUAACAGGAUUAAAUAUAAUCGUAACAAGAAGAAGGUUAAAAAGGGAAAACGGUAUGUUACAAGGAAGGUGAGAAAUGGAUGUGAUCAGUCAUCUUCAUCGUCGUCGUCAUCGUCAUCGCCAGCCAGAUUGUCAAGGUUUCAGUGGCUGAUACCAUGCACAGUGGAGGGGAAGGUGCGGGAAAGCUUCGCGGUGGUGAAGAAAUCAGAGGACCCACAAGAAGAUUUCAAGAGGUCAAUGUUGGAGAUGAUAAUGGAGAAGCAGAUGUUUGAAGUGAAGGAUUUAGAACAACUAUUGCAAUGUUUCUUGUCUUUGAACUCUAGGGAUCAUCAUGGGAUUAUUGUCGAGGCUUUCUGCGACAUCUGGGAGGCUUUGUUUUGUAAUGCUGAAUAUGGGGUGUCAAGCGCUGUUUCAGUUAAUUAAUUGCCAGAAUUAGUAAUUGCAUUUAUAAUAAAGGAGCUGCUAAAUCCCAUGUUUAAGAGUAAUUUUAAAGCACGUUUAAGUUUUUGUCAUGGCCGAGUCACAAUCAUUGACAUCUUUUUUCAGUCGUGAAACUUGGCUAAAGACAAUUCUGCAAAAUAAUAUUUCCUUUGUAGAAUUGAGCAUAACAUGAUACUAAUUUGCGACCUAAAACAUUUUAUUCUAAAAAACUUCCAAUCUAGGGUGGAUGGGUAGCGGAUCUCAGUAUCAUAAGUUGAAUAUGCCAUAUGGAUUGUGAGCAUUUUAAGUAAUGGUUCUUCUAAAAGGAUUAAAAAUCGUAUUUGAGUACUUUAUAUUGUGUUUGCUUUAACCCUUAUAUUGUUGGGUUAGAUUUUUAAAAUGUAGCUGAAUGGAUUAAGGGAAAGCUUAAUGAUUCUCUUUCGAAAUUAUGAAAAUCACUAUGCAAAUUCAUAUAGCUGAACCUCAUAUAUCCGUAUAAUAUUUUUUUGUUAUUUUUAUUUUAUUUUCACAUAUUAUGGGUUGAAUUUUUUUGACAAAUUUUUUGAAUAAACUCCUAAAAUUUUGGACAAAGUACUAUUAAACUCUUAAAUUUCAAAGUAAUUCAGUACAUUUUGAAAUUUUAGAAAAUAGAAUAAUUAUAUUAUUUAUUUCACA